AUGCGUGAAAUUGUUCACAUUCAAGCAGGUCAAUGCGGUAAUCAGAUCGGAGCCAAGUUCUGGGAAGUAAUUUCGGACGAGCAUGGAAUUGAGCCGACCGGCAUCUAUAAUGGUGAUUCUGAUCUUCAACUGGAGAGAAUUAAUGUUUACUACAAUGAAGCAAGUGGAGGCAAGUAUGUACCUCGAGCGUGUCUCGUUGAUCUCGAGCCUGGCACGAUGGACUCUGUUCGUGCUGGACCUUUUGGUCAAUUAUUCCGUCCGGAUAACUUUGUUUUUGGCCAAUCGGGAGCUGGAAACAACUGGGCCAAAGGCCAUUAUACUGAAGGCGCUGAGCUGGUCGAUAACGUCCUAGACGUCGUUCGAAAAGAAGCUGAAAGCUGUGAUUGCCUUCAGGGCUUUCAAAUGACACAUUCGCUUGGCGGUGGCACUGGCUCAGGUAUGGGUACACUGUUGAUAUCAAAAAUUCGCGAAGAGUACCCAGAUCGGAUCAUGAACACGUUUUCAGUCGUACCCAGCCCGAAAGUGUCUGAUACGGUAGUUGAACCCUACAACGCAACCUUAUCUGUCCAUCAACUGGUCGAAAAUACCGACGAGACUUUCUGUAUCGACAAUGAGGCUCUCUAUGAUAUCUGCUUCCGGACACUGAAACUAACGACACCAACUUAUGGAGAUCUCAAUCAUUUAGUGUCUAUGACUAUGAGCGGAGUGACGACGUGCUUACGAUUCCCUGGACAGUUAAAUGCUGAUCUACGUAAAUUGGCAGUGAAUAUGGUUCCGUUUCCUCGUCUACACUUUUUCAUGCCUGGCUUUGCUCCUCUCACUUCACGAGGUUCCCAGCAGUAUCGGUCCCUUACCGUACCUGAGCUAACCCAACAGAUGUUUGACGCAAAAAAUAUGAUGGCCGCUUGUGAUCCACGGCAUGGACGAUACCUUACGGUGGCGGCGAUGUUCAGAGGGCGGAUGAGCAUGAAGGAAGUUGACGAGCAGAUGCUGAACGUCCAGAAUAAGAAUUCGUCCUAUUUUGUUGAAUGGAUACCGAAUAACGUCAAAACAGCCGUAUGCGAUAUUCCACCACGAGGAGUGAAGAUGGCCGCUACAUUCGUCGGCAACUCGACUGCCAUCCAGGAGCUGUUCAAGAGAAUAUCCGAACAAUUCACGGCGAUGUUCCGUCGUAAGGCGUUCCUUCACUGGUAUACCGGUGAGGGUAUGGAUGAAAUGGAAUUCACUGAAGCUGAAUCGAACAUGAACGAUCUGGUGUCCGAGUAUCAACAAUAUCAGGAGGCUACAGCAGACGAUGAGGGAGAGUUUGAUGAUCGCGACCAAGACGUUGAGGAGUGA